AUGCCAAAAGAAACUACUGGUAGUCUUGCAGUUCAAGAUGAACUCAAUAGAAUAGACUAUUGUGAAUUUUUAUCAAUAUCUAAAAAUGUUAAAGAAAUAGCUGGAACAGAUUCAGAAUCUUUUUCAGGUGUUUUUCUUAAUCCUAAAAGAAUAAAUACAGAUCUAUCAAAAGAAAUAUUAGAUUUGUUGAUUGAAUAUUAUUGUGAUACCUAUAAUAAAGAUUUUGUAGCAUUGUCAAACAUUCAUGUUACCAACUCAGAAGCUAUACCAGUACUUUCAAAGGUGAAUAUUUACAGGCAAUUACGACUUGGCUCUAAAGUUUUUAGAUCAUCGUACUCUAAAAGACACAUCUGA